UUGCUCCUAACCACGAUGGCGACCGAACAGACUGCGCCGGAGCCCGCCCCCGCGAGCGCUGCCCACUACGAGAUGAACGUACACUUGCACGGCGGGAAGAGCGGCGCAGGCGGGGCUGCACAGGGCCGGGGCGGGCGAGGCGGAAAGGGCCAGGGCGGUCGGCUCAGCGUGUAUGCCGACAACGCCGUGAUCCACCAGCAUCCAAUGUGUGUAGUCCUCAUCCUUCACUGA